GACAAGCCUGACUGCCUGGCCAGGCUGGGCUACACGCACCACCGCAUGUGUGGCAUGAGUAGGCGAGCACCGUGGGCGUUGGCAAGAAACAAGCAAGCCCAAGUUUGACGGAGACGGGGCCUGCAAGACACACAAAGGGACCCAAGGCUCCGGCUUCUUGUUCCUUGGUUCCUGUCCCGACCUCCCAGGCUUCCCUGCUGGCCUGCUCGUCACAGUACCGAGUACAACUCAACACCACGCUAUUCCAGGAUAGGUCCCUGUACAGCUGCUCUGCUCUCUCCUGUCAGUCGCCAAGUUUCCCCAUCGCCGGCAGCCCAGCCCGUUCGUGUGCGCAUCCCCUUAACCGCCCCCCAAAUGAUAGCAGCAAUUUCGCCCGGGCUCCAACGCUCCUCUCCCUGAUCCACAACGGCCUCAACUCGACCCCAACCGCCACGCCCACGCCCAUCAGAGACACCCUUCCAUCUCCAUCUCCCUCCACCACCCAACAGCCCAGCUGCUCCCGCCCGCGGUACCUCCGUGCCUGUCCCUGGCCCUGGCCCUGUUGCUGCCGCCGCUACUUGCUGCUGUUGUUGUCGUUACUGCUGCUACUGCUGCUGUUGCUGCUGCUGUCGCCCCCUGCCCCCAGGCGGCCCAGGCCCAGAACCACGACUCCUCUACCACCCCCAAUCGCGCCUCCUCGACCUCCCACCCCCAUUCCCACCCCAAGCAGCAACGCCAGCCGGCACAGAGGAACUCGUGUCCUGUCCAAUCCCACAACACGAGCAUGAGCAUGAGCCGACUAGCCUAGCCCACCAACACCCGAGAAGCACCAGCAGAGAGAGGGACUGAGCCCUCUCCGCCACCAGGGCCGACCCGUCGUCACCGUCAUCCUCUCCUUCGCGGCAUCCUCGCGCCAGCCAGCACUCGUCCUCUCCGCCCCCCCCCCUUCCCUUGCACACCGUCGCCCUGCAGCAGCCAUGGCUACCACCGUUGCACACAACACCGGCCCUGCUGCCGUCCCUUCAUCCGCCGACCCGCGGUCUUCUGGCCAGCCAAAGGCCAGGUCUCGGACCACGAUACCGACACAAUCGGGGAAAUGGAUCCUGGGCAAGACAAUCGGCGCUGGCAGCAUGGGCAAGGUCAAGCUGGCAAAGAAGGAGGACAGUAACGAACAGGUCGCAUGCAAGAUCAUCCCUAGGGGUGUUGCCGACGAUGGGCACCACAGCCGGGCAGACAAGGAGCGUAAUGAGCAGGGCAAGGAAAUCCGCACCGCACGAGAGGCUGCCAUAGUCACCCUGCUCAAUCACCCCUACGUGUGCGGCUUACGAGAUGUCGUCAGGACCAACUACCACUGGUACAUGCUGUUUGAAUAUGUCAACGGCGGCCAGAUGCUGGACUACAUCAUCUCCCACGGGAAGCUCAAGGAGAAACAGGCCCGCAAGUUCAGCCGUCAGAUCGCUAGUGCUCUCGACUAUUGCCACCGGAACAGCAUCGUUCACCGCGACCUCAAGAUCGAGAACAUCCUCAUUAGCAAGAUAGGCGACAUCAAGAUCAUCGACUUCGGCCUGAGCAAUCUGUUCUCCCCCCGUGGCCACCUCAAGACCUUCUGUGGUAGCCUGUACUUCGCCGCGCCGGAGCUCCUCCAGGCCAGGGCAUACACCGGGCCCGAGGUCGAUGUGUGGAGCUUUGGCAUCGUUCUAUAUGUUCUUGUCUGCGGCAAGGUCCCCUUCGACGACCAGAGCAUGCCCGCGCUUCACGCCAAGAUCAAGAAGGGUCUCGUCGAUUAUCCCAACUGGCUGUCGAGCGAAUGUAAGAACCUGCUCUCCCGGAUGCUGGUCACGGAUCCCAAGCAGCGAGCUACCAUGGCCGAGGUCAUGGCUCACCCCUGGAUAAACAAGGGCUACAGCAGCCCGCCCGACAACUUUCUGCCCCGCCGGGAGCCGCUCACCCUGCCACUAGACCCGGAGGUCAUCAACGCCAUGACUGGAUUCAACUUUGGACCGCCUGAGGUCAUCAAGGCGCAGUUGACACGCCUGGUCGAGUCGGAGGAAUACCAACGCGGUGUCCGCCUCUACCAGCAGGAGAAAGAUCUGCCCCAACCGUCCAAAGACGGCGACAAGAAGAGAGGAAUGUUUGACUUCUACAAGCGUCGCAAUUCCAUGACCAGCAGGGACACGUUAACCGCGCCGAGCAGCGAGGCCCUCGCACUCGGAAACGACCCCCUCAAUGCCUUCAGCCCGCUUCUCUCUAUCUACUACUUGGUCAAAGAGAAGCAAGACCGCGAGAGGGUCGAUGUUGUCCCGACCAUGGCAACGCAACAACCCCCUUUUCAGAAGGAGAAAGACCCGGUGCCCGAGAUAGCGCCACCACAGGAGGCCCAUACCAAUUCUUCGGCAUACGAGAUGCCAGGUGAGAAGGCGACUGGCGGGAGGACGAGGCCACGAGCACGGACUCAUGGGGAGGACGAUGCACCUGACAAGGCGCUGUUGUCGCCAAAGGCUGCUCUCGGACCAGAUGCACAAUCACCGGCGGAAAGGCCCGAGAAGAAGGAGAGCGCGGCAGCUGGUAUCCUCCGGAGGUUCUCCACUAGGAGACGCCCGAGAGAUGGCGAGAGGCCGGAGAAGGACCGGUCGCACCCUCCACAAGUCCAUGUCCAUUCCCCAUCCGAGCAGCCGCCGGUACCGGGGAUACCACCCCGAAAAUCCUUCAGCAUCAGGCGCUCAAGGCGCGACAAGGAAGAUGGAUCAACCUCCCGGCUGCGCUCGGGCAGCAGCCAGCCUCAGCACAGCGAAUUGCUGAGCCCGCCUCUCUCCGCCGGUGCCAAUAUGCACGGUCAGAAAAAGGUCCUCGGGCGGUCUACCAGUGUCAACUCUGCAGAAUUCCGCAGGAGACGGGCCAUGGCAUCGCAUGGAUCGACGACAGACACGGAGGGCAAGGAGCCACCCCCCACGAGUGGCUCGGAUCAGUCAAUGGAAAGGCCGAAAGCUCAAGCUGAGAACAGGGGCGCCGCGGCCUCGCGGUCUGUCUCUAUGAGGGCUAAGUCUCUGGGGCACGCGAGGCGUGAGAGCAUCCAAGCCCGGCGAGCACGCCGCGAGGAGCAGCGAGAGCUGAACGUGCCAGAAGAAACGGACGCGGAGCCCGGCGACCAGAGCGGCCUGUCCAACGACGAACGCCAGGACAACCCAAGCCUAGCAAAGCCGGUUUUCUUGAAGGGGCUCUUCAGUGUGAGCACGACCUCGACAAGACCUGUACCCGAGAUACGUGCAGAUAUCAAGCGGGUGCUGAAACAACUCGGCGUGGACUACAGCGAGAUUCGCGGCGGGUUCCGUUGUGUUCAUUCACCCAGUAUAGACCUGAAGAAGGUUGACCCGCCCAAUAGCCCGAACCAGACCCCUGGCCACAGGAGACGUUUUAGUUUUGGUCUCCGGGGCGAGCGUGCAGACGACGUGCGCGACGUACUGGAAGGGAACCAGCCCAACACGCCGAGAACUCCUGGCAGGGCCCGGGAUGACCGAAGCAGCAGCAGCUCGGAUGUCUCAGACAUUGACAAUUCGCGUGACACAGGGGGCCCGUCGAGGGCUCCUCCGGGAGAAACGACGACCCGGGUACAGGACGACCUGGGUGGGAACAUGGUCCUCGAGUUUGAGAUUUUCAUCGUCAAGGUACCCAUGAUCAGCUUACAUGGCAUCCAGUUCAAGCGCAUGACUGGCAACACGUGGCAGUUCAAGAACAUGGCAGAUCAAAUAUUAAGGGAACUUCGGCUAUAAUAAAAACGCCCCAUGGGUCCAUGGGCCGUGGCGAUCUGGCAACGCGCCGUGGGUGCUGUGAAGAGAUGGGAACUCGGUAGCGGGGCUCAGUGGCAGGAGGGUGUGCUUUAUGACGAACCAGCAAACGCAAUGUGUGUUAGAGAAGAACGAGGGGAAGCGGUACGAACGGCAACGAUUCAUGCAUCUGGCAGCACUCGCUCUCGGGGUCUUGUUUCUUUUCACUUUCUUUCCACCAGUCCCGAUAAAUGGCCCGUUAGAUUCCAACAUCAGGUGCAAUCAGAGGAUGUCCUGCGUCUUGGGCACCUCCAAGGUGUCAGGUGGGAGGGUCGUGGAACCCAGAGCAGGAUCGGCACUGCAUAGGCAUUGCAUAGCGCAGCGAAGCACAGACAGACUAUGCUUUGUUUUUGCUUUGCUUGCACAUGGGCAUGUAGUACUUUUAAUAGGCAUCUCCCGAGAAGACAGUAGAAGGAUCACUAAUGCAAUUCAGAGUGGCGGUUCAUGUACACAAUUUUGAAUCCAUUGUCCUUGCCUUAACCGUCUGCUCGGUCUGCCGGGGACGACAAUUCAUCCUUGGCCACUGGCACGAACAGCUCUGCAGGCAGUCCCAAAAGGGUAUGACUAGUAUGAGAUUUGGGAGUCUGACUUGCCCUUUUUCCUUCUUUUUCUUCUAAUGUUUCAGACAGUAUAGUAUUGUAGCAGGAGAACAUGUUAGAGCCAAGCACCAGUGGCCCGCUUACCCUUGCCGAUAGGUUGUUCCACGACAGGUUCCCCCAUAUGACAUCGACUAGAUAGGACUGUUCAAUAGAACGAUAUCUUGUGGGAGAUCUCCUAUACGAAAGGCUUCUUUGAGUAUGGAAUAUUGUAGGGGUAAGAUUACUGUAGGACGAUAAUCUAUAGGAGAAUUGGUAAGAGGUCCUGUAGGAAGGUGUCUUCAAGAGCGUGUACUGUGGGGGGAUAUCCGUA